UUUAAUUUUAAAUUAUCAUACAUGUAUGUGUGACAAAGAAUGCCAAUACGAGAUUAGAUUAUAGUACCUAUACUGCCAGUGGCUCUGAUUAGUGAUUCUUCUGAGUCUCUCUGCUAGCUCAUUUCCUCACUUUUUUGACAUCGUUUCUCAGAAAUCAGAAUCACAAUAUUAUUGCAGUAUUUUUCUUCUAUUUCUCGAUCAAGUUAUUGUUCCGAAUUUUUAUCGAAUACCGAGUGUUUUAGAAGGAUCACGUGAUUAUUUCGGAUAUUUUUUUCCCUUACCUAUUCUCACAUUUCUCACUGUGGCAUGUUUUAUUAUCGAAUGAAAUGGAAAGUCCUCACUUAAACCAAGAUCGAUCCGAGGACGAAACUAUUGAAACUUUGCGAGCGGCGAUCCUAUUUUCUGUCAAUUCCACACCUCGAAACGAAAAUAUAGAUUAUAUUUUGCAAGGCGUACGUAACUCUGGAGCUAAUACUGAAUUUAAAACGGCCGUGGCCGGCACACUCCAUUUUUUUAUGAGCUAUCAUUUUCACGUAGCCAUCGACGCUACCCUGUUUACGAUCGCACAUCACCAAACGUGCCAGUUACCAAAUGGCUGGGAUGGUGAAAAAAUAAUCCUAUCACCUCUCCCUGAAAUACAAUGCGCAGAAUACCUUACGCGGUUCAUGGAUCAAACAUUCAAGCUUUCAUUGGUACGAACUGGAGAUUUGAUCAAUGUAAAUUUACAGCACAUCGCAAAUGGGAGCGUGUUUACUUCAGAUCCAUUAGACGUAGCGCUGGUUAAUGGUUUUUACAACGAGAAUAUGCAAUUGCAAUACGCUUAUGCUAGCAUUUUUUUCCACGCGCUGAAACACGGAUUCCAGGAAGCGAUUGACAAAGCUCUCAGGAAUGAGUCGCCGGAUGGUUCUCGUGGAGGUUUUUAUCUACCAGUGGGGCACUAACCUCUUCCUCAGCCUCAGCCCUAGCAGCCACAGCCCCUGCCGGUUUACAUCCGGCAGGAGCACCGCCUCAAUAAUUGUUUUUUGUUGUAAGAAUCAAUCGAAUAAAAAACAAUUAUUGCGGCUGUGCUCCCGCCGAAUAUUGUUGGUAUAUUGCCUGUUUCUUACCUCUGUAUCAUAAGAUUAACCAUGCUAUUUUUUUAAAUUUAUAAAAAUUUGUUCAAGUCUUGUUUAGUCAAAAAAAAGUUAUCGAUUUAAU